GAAACACAAGGUGUGAAGAGUUCGCACCUAGAGGAGGAAUCCUUGUGGCUUUAAAUGUCCCCGUAUUGUUCGGAUGCCUGAGCUGUAAAACAAAUGCUCCUCAGUCCCUGGUGGUCUGGAGCUGCGAGGGACGCACUGUGCCAAACAUCCUGGAAUAAGAACAUCACAGCUCCACUCUCCAAGUUGAGCCUCCGAGAAGCAGCGUGACUCAGGGCAGAGGAGACAUGGAUGUUCUCGUUAAGAGGAGAGCCUGACGCUCCUAUUCCCGCGACAUCAUCAUCCCACACUGCUGGAGCUCCACGGUGCGCGCUGCGAGCCUCAGUCCUGCACAGGAGCAGCUACAGGCGGCGCUGCCACAGGAGCCCGGGAGCCAGGCAGCAGCAGGAGGAGCAGCAGGAGGAGCAGCACCGGCAGCAGCAGCAGCUUCUCCCCGGGACGCACCGAGGGACAGAGGGGCGCUUUCUGUUUUUCGGAGGGGGUGCUCUGCCCCCGCCUCCCACCACCCUCCUCCCAGGCCAUGGCACCCACGGAUCGAUCGACGGGAGCGCGUUGAGGCUCGGAGUGAUGCAGUCUCUGUUUGGCGGCGGGGAGCUGGAGCUGCUGGGGGGAGGCGGCGACGCCGGGGGCCUGAAGGAGGAUGGCUGCGGCAGCGUGGUGUGGCGCUCCUCACCCCUGCACCCCGAAGACGUCUACUCGGCCUCCCACUUCGCCCUCAUCACGGCCUAUCAGGACAUCAAGACGAGGCUGGCCUGCCUGGAGCGGGAGAACACCAGCAUCAAGAGGAAGCUCAAGAUCUAUGAGAUCAAGUUCCCCAUGAUCAACGAGUUCGGGGAGGACACCAACUCGUACUGCUCGUUCGAGAGCAAGGAGACGGCGCUGCUGCACUCGGAGAACGGCAGCCUGCAGCAGAGAGUCAACGUCCUGACCCACGAGCUCCAGAAGAGGAAGGAGAGGGAGGAGCAGCUGGAGGACGUGAUCCAGGCCUACGAGAAGAUCCACAUGGAGAAGAGCAACCUCCAGAGGGACCUGGACAAGAUGACGAGCCUGGUGGAGAAGCACGUGGAGCGAAUCCUCAACCUGGAGUCGGUUCUGAGGCAGAGAGAGAACUCGCUGCAGAAGAUCAACAUGCAGCUGCACAGCAAAGACAUGCAGUACCUGCAGCUGCACGCCGGCCCAGACGCACACUUGCUGGACUGUCCCGCCCUGACCCUCCAGAGCUCCCGCAGCCUGGACGCCCUGUCCGACCUGAAGCUGCAGCGGCUGGAGGCCGAGCUGGAGGGGGCGCGGCACGAGGCCCAGGGGGCUUGUCAGCGGGAAGAUGAGCUGAAGGCCGAGUGCGAGCGGCUGAAGGAGGAGAUGAGACAGCUGCAGAACAGCCAGAGGGAGAGGGAAAGGACUUCGCCCUGCAAGCAGUGUGAUGUGGAGUGGAUAAAGAAGGUGGGAGACGAGCAGGUGAAUCUGGCUCUGGCCUACACAGAGCUAACGGAGGAGCUGGGACGCCUCCAGGCUCUGAGCUGCAAGCAGACGGAGAUCCUGAGGAAGGCUUCGCAGGAGCAGGCGAGUCCAGUUCAGCGCCACUCUCCCAUCCACCACCAGCGCCACUCGCCAGUUUCCCAGCGCCACUCGCCCAUCUCACAGCGCCAUUCUCCGGUCCCGCCUCCGCCGCACCACUCCCCGAUCCAACAGAGACGCUCCCCGGUGCUGCAGCGCCUCUCACCGGACAUGCACCGCCGCUCACCCCUGCUGGACGUCAACAACGGGCCGGCCUCUUACUCCUGCCGGCCCCCCAGCCACCACCUGAGGGCCAGCUUCCAGGGCCGGAGAAGUUACUCCGAGGUCGCCGACCCCUCGGCCUACCAGUGCCCGCCCCGCUUCACUCUGGACCCCGUCUCCACCCUGCCCAAGCCCCGGCCUUACGGCGAUUACCCAAAACAAAAGCCCCAGCAUGUGGGCUCUCCUCACGGAGGACUGCAGCACAGGGGCUCCCCGUCCCCCCAUCAAGGGGGUCCCGGAGGAGACGGGGGCCACGGGGAGAGCUCCAUGCGCCACUCCAGAGAGAUGCCAUUCCCUCUGUCUGAGGUGGGCCACCUUCAUUUUGAGCCCCCUCCUCCUUCCACGCCGGCCCCUCAGCCCACGCAGUCCUCUGAGGACGAGGAGGAGUGGACCUGCCCACAUCCCAUCAGCCCACCACGGACACUGGGGGUGCUCUCUGCGGCGGUGCCCAGCGGCGCCAUGAGAGGCCCGGCGUCCUGCUCGGGCUUCCCCAUCCCUCAGAGGCCGAACACCCUCAGCUGCCACCCUCAGUCGGGGUACAUGUCGGCCGAGCACGCUCAGUCCUGGCCUUCCAUCAACCUCUGGAUGGAGACCGAGGAGAGGCGAAUGCGGAGCUGCCCUCUCUGCCAGCUGAUAUUCCCUGUCGGUUACCCUGACGAUGCCCUCAUCAAGCACAUCGACUCCCACCUGGAGAACAGCAAGAUCUGAUUGCCAUGGCAACCAGCUAGCGCGCACACACACACACACACACAGACACACACACACACACACACACACACACAUCUGCGCUCUCCUCUUAUAGAUUAUGUAAGAGAUCAGCAGACGUGGACAAAUGGAAACUCCUCCUCAGGCGAUCCAUUUAGAAUCAGCUGUGUGCGGUCUUCUGUGGGUGGGGAUGCAAAAUGGCACAGGGGUCCAUUUUUUUUUUUUUUAUUUUAACCACGGGUCUGUCUUGGAUUUGCCAACAAGCAGAGCCCUCUACCGAUCGCCCUUGACAACGCUCUGCCUGUAAAAUCCCCGGCUCCGGCUGCUGCUGUUCUGUUUUGAGUCUCGUCCUGUGGUUUUUCAGACAGUUUCAGGUAUCGUGUCGUUUUUUCCGCAUCACAGAUCAGGAGCUCUGCAUGUCAAAGAGUCAGCUUCAGUGUUCCAGAGAAAAAUGAUCAGGGCGACCUUUUUAAAUUUUGACUAUUGUUACCUUCAGCUUUAAAUACUGUUCACCGGCAUUUUUCUAUCUCACUCACGUGCUCAAGGAUAUUUUGCAGAGGAUUUCGGGGCCAAGCGGCGUACUCUGGUCGCCGCUGGUUUAUUUCACGGAUAUUCAGGUACUUACGGGGCGUUGACGGGGGCAGAGAGGUUCAGCUUUAAGUUAUGAGGGAAUGACACUGACCGAUUGUCCGAUUCAGAAGUAUAAAACAUUCCAGUUUCCCCACUUCAUCCCCCUGACAAGCCGGAGAACAUGAAUGUGAGCGUACGGUCGGAUCAGCCUGACGGUGGUCGCACCCUCGCUGAGGUUGGACGAUGCCCUGCAGGGCGGGGCACCGACGUCGACGCGUCUCCUCAACGAGCCGAGGGGGAAACGUUAGUCAGAAUUUACCUUUAUGCUUGCAGCCUGGUCAAAACUCUACGUAUCUUAGCACUUUAAGUUAGCAUAGCCUAUAAAAUGUACACGUUUUCCAGUCCCCCAUACAUGUAUAUUUUCCAUGUUUAAUUUACUCUUUAUAUAUUGUUUAUCUGUAAGGCAAAAAAAAAAAUAUGAAGAUAUAUUUUUGCAAAUGUCGCUGCACCACAUGUCCCAUGUGCUCGCACACUGGUGUACAGGAACUCGAGGGUUGGUAGGUAAAAUCCCAGCGCACGGGAUAUGUCCCUGUACAAAGACUUUGAAACACCAACUGGGAUUCUCCUCGGUCUUCCUAGAGAUCGGAACUUCAAAGACUGUUUGAUGUCACGGCCGCCCAGACCACCCACCAAAAAAAAAAAUGAAAUCAACGACUUCUGAAUUUCUGAUCUUUGUAGUGAACUGUAUUUCUAUCUGAUAACAGGCCGUCACCUCCAAUCAGCAGCGGUUGAUCUCUGCAGGGUUCAAGCAAAGGCGAUGCUCUUCUUUUUGAUACGUGGGUUUGAGUUUUAUCACGAGUGGAAUCUUGUCUUGAGAUCUGCUUGUGGAACUUGAACUUCUUUUUUGACAGAAAAAAACCAACACACACACACACACACGAAGUUACACUGAUGUCAGCUUAUCUGAGGUUUUCGGUUACAUGUGCAGUUUCUAAUGUAGGGGAUGUCCCCACACACCCACCCAUGCAUUUACGCUGGUUUGAUGCUGAAGAGGUGAGAUGUGGUUAGUUCAGAACAAAACAGGAUGAUGCAGGACAUAGGUUUCAAGUCUUUGCAUCAGUCAACUUCAGAAAACACUGAAUCCCAACCAGGUCUGGAGGGUUUGUUUCAGGCUUCAACUUUCAUAAGAAGGUUUUAAAAAAAAGGUUUUCCUGUGAAGAUCAAAGGAUAAUUCCAGUUUGUUAUCAACCUGUUUCAGUGGGUUUGGACACUGAUUCGCUCAUUGACACAUUAUUGUGCAAUCUGGCAACGCAGCAACAUCUCAAACAGGUGAUUUGCUCUGACUGGCAAGCUAACCGCUAACACAACACAACAGAUUCCCUCCGUUUUCUUCACACUGCUCAGUUUAUUCCUCCCUGGCCUUUCAUUCAUUCUAUAAAUAGUUAUAAACUUAAGCUAGCUCAUUAGCUUAGGGACAACACAUCUGCAACCGCUCCUAUUUUGUAUAGAUUUGUAUUUGGACUUUUGAGUUUGGUCUGUUGUUUGCAUCUGAAGACUCGAGGCGGCACUCAGCACCUCUGCAAAUCAAUUUCCUGGAGGAAACUCUCUACAGAAAUUCUUGAGAAAAAUGGUGAGGUUCAGGAAGUCUCCCCUCUGUAGUCGAUUUGCUUUCCUCUCACAUUUCCUUCCCCGUCAAUCAUCCUCACGAUUCUUCACGAUGAUUUUGAGCUGGUUGAACUUUUUUGCCGUUUCUUUCCCCCGUCAGAAAAAGAGAUAAACUGGAAUUAUCCUUUUUAAAAAACUACAGACUGAGGUGUACAAUAAAAACUUUAAGGAGACACUUGACCAUUAAAUCCAAGAGGGCUUUAAUGACUCCCAGUUGUUCUAUUCUGUAUGUAUGUUCCUAUAUCACUCUGUAAAAAAUAUUUAAAGCUGUGUACAGACAGAUAUUUUGAAAGUGUGUAAGACUAAUGUACUCUUUUAUCCAACAACUUCAAAUUGGAGUGUCUGUAAAUCAAUAUAUAUAUAAUCCUGUCCACCAACAAACUAAAUAUAAGUUAUACUAAAUAUAUUACUACCCUGAACCUUUGCUCUCUUACUCACAGUGUAGUGUUAUGUCCUUUAGUCCACUAAUAUCCAACUGUAGUCACUUUCGAGCUGAGGGACGACAGCGCGGCCACAAACACGCUGGAUUCAAGAGAAAAUGACGGAUGAUUGAAGGAGUCAGUCAUUACGAAGACAAAUUAAAGGAGACACACGAUGUUGUCUUCGGGGUUUCUUCCCCCUAAUCGAGUUUUUCUUUUUUGUGAAUGUAACAGUUAAAAAGCCAAAACUCUGCGGUAAAUCACUGAAGCUCCUGAAACUCCUCGUCAGUCAUACAGCUCAGACUUCUGGGGAAUGAUGAUGUCAUAACAACUCCAGAACUACAGCUAGUUGUGCAUUUUGCAAAAAGUACAACCCCCAAAUAAACAAAGCCACGUAAAGCAAGUGUUUGAGACAGAGGCUGAAAAGAGGAGCUGCAGUAGAGGACAGUCUGAGGAAAGUGAUGUUUUCUGAACAUUCAAGCAUGAAAACCUUUUCAAGUGAUAACACUAAUAUAAAUAUGAUGAACCUGUAUAUGAGCAGAAUGUCUGAAAUAUCAUACGGCAGCAAGAGAAAGAAAGAAGCACAAUGAUCCAGAUGUGAGGGAAGUAGUUGUCUCUUCACCGACGAUGUAAAGUUGCAUCAGAAAACUUUAAUGAAUUUGGAAACUUUAAUUUACAGGUAAUAUAGUUGAACUUCAAGUUAAACAGCAGCUGAAUUACUUUUUUGUCCAUAGAGGAAAUGUGCAGCAGCAGUACCCCCAAUCUGAGGACCUGAACUGGCUCAUGGCCAAAGACAACAAGUUAUUUCCUGUAUUUUGAACAGCAGAGAACGUGGCUGGUGGGUUUGUUGCUCGUGUCGCGUGUGGAGAGAUGCGUUGUGGUUAACGUUGGCCGGCAGCAGCGAUGCAGAGUGAUCACGCCUCAGGCCGAGCUCAUAAACACACAUGUUUACACAAACUGCGCUGAGGUCCAUCACAUCAAGCUUACAACCAAUUUGCAAGAAGUAGAAAGGCAACAAAAAAUAAAAAAUCUGCGCUCAUUUCGUCUGUUUUUCUUCUUGUGUCCUAACAGAGAACUCACUCAGUUUACUGAACACAAAGACUUUACAUUUAAAUUUAAUAUUUCUUCAUCGUGAAAUUUCACUCAAAUUUUCUCUCAGAUUUACUCAGGAGACAAACGCAUAGGUACAAGAAAAAGAUGUGUAAGAAAAGAUCUAAUUCUCUUCAUUGUGGUUCAGCUGCUCUCUCCUGUGAGGGAGGUUUUCAUCUUCUCGACACGAAGCCUAAACGAACCUCGGCACUAGUGAACUCUCCACCACACGAUUCUGCAACACCGGUGGCGUUCUGUGUGAUAAAAGAAAAACAAACAACGGAGAUGUAUAAAGAGUCACUUUUACUUUCUUUCUCUGUAAAUAUUCUGUCAAAUAAAACUGCAACUUGCACAGA